CAUAUUUCUCUCUCUCUCUCUCUCUCUCUCUCUCUCUCUCCAUAAUAAAACAAACUUACGUUUCUGUUGUAGCCCAAGACCCAAAACUCCUCUGUUUUGCCCUGCCUCUCUCACUCUUCUAGUUCUACCCAUAAAAGAAAAAGACCCUUUUUUCUCAUUCCAACCCUCCAAGUCACUCUCUCUCACUCUUCGCACUAGAAAAACCAAAAAAACAAAAAACAGAAAGAGAGAAACUUUUCAGUUUUCCAUUUUCACCCCAGAAGCCAAAAGUCCUCUGUUUCACACCAUCGCAACAACUUCUUUUCCAUUUUUUUGGAUACCUUUUUGUUUUGGGUUUAAUAUCGGACAUACAACAACAACAAACAAAAAGAAAAAGAUGGCAACUAUUGUAUGUCCAGGUUUACAGUCAUGUCUAGAGUCUCCUCUAGAGCCAAGAGCACUGAGGCUAAAACUCUCCUCAUCAAUCUUACCUCACUUUUCGCGCCCCUUUGAGCCAUUUUUCCAGGAAGCGAAAACGACAGAGACGACGAGGAAAUUUCACUGCUCCAACGAUGAUCACAAAGAAGAGGGGAAUACUACUACUACUACUACUAAUAAUAAUAAUACUAAUAAUAAUAAGAAGAAUAUUAAUAAUAGUAACAACAACAACAACAACAGUAAUGGGGGUUGGAGCUUCCUCCAGUCUCUCCCCACCGCCAAGAGUGAGAAAGAGAAAGCGACAUACGUCCACCCUCUGGUAAAACGAUCGUCGUCUGCCCUCAGCCAGAAGAGCCUGGAGUUGUGCACGGAGAAUCUGGGGAACGAGACGGGAAGCUGCGACGUAAUCGAGAGCGGCAUUUUGUCGAGCGCUUGGAGUUCGGAGAUGAAAAAGGAGGAGAAGAAAACGACGACGGAGGAGAAGAAAACGACGACGGAGGAGAAGAAAACGACAACGAGGGGAAAAAGAAGCUUCCCACCGCCAUUGACGACGAUGAGUGGGAGGGAUUCUCUGCAGGUGAGGCCACACAGGGAAGAUGGGCGGCUGGUAAUCAGGGCCGUUAAAGGGCCAUCAACAUUGAGAUCUUGUUUCCAUGCGGAGAGAAGUGAUGGCCGCCUAAGACUGCGUUUGUUGGAAGAAGAUUAUUGCGCACCACCGGCUACGUUUGACUCGGAGGAGAAAAAUGUGGUGAGUGAAAAGGAAGGGCAUGAAAACGACACAAAAGAGGAAAACGACGUCAAAGAAGAGGAGGAAGAAGAAGUGGAGGAAAGGGAGAAGGGUAAAAUGGGAAUAAGGGAAAAGUAUGAGAGAGGAGCAAGUAAUAUGAGGAGGUGCAAAGAAGAUGGUGAAGUACAAUAUGAGAAGAAAACAAGUUCAAUGUUAAAUUGGGAGCCUUUAUGGGUGGCUUCUUCUUAA